AUGGCGAAAGCCUCAAAACGGAUUGAGGCGCCAGAACUGGUCCUUUUUCCUAAUUCCGCCCGAGUCGUUCAAAUAGAACUUGUGCAUCGAGUCCCGAUGGUCCAAGACUGUUUGUAUAUUAUGGUGAAGGGUAAGCUUGGAUCGGUACCACAUUUGGAUAUUCCUGAGCGCAUCGGCGAAGUUACUCAACCGUGGGUCACCUUCCAAUGGAUAUCAGAUCCAUCGGAAGAACGAAAUAUUCCCCUCAUCAAGAAACUAGAGCAGAAAUGCCUCACUGUUGCUCAACGGCAGAUGGUGUCGAAGAUUUUUGAUAUACCUUAUCGUUAUAAGUACGUCGUUGAGACGAAUACUUCACUCGUGUCGCACGUUCUAUCCAUUUCUCGGGGUCGGUGUGCAUGGGUAGACAGUACAUCCACGAGCCAGCUAAUCUUCCCUACUCCUGGGCUUCUCUUUACGAUGCGUUCUUUCAAGAGGCUAGGAAUGAUAUGCAAGACAAUCUCUUAA